AUGGCUCGACUCCUUUCCAUCGCUGUGCUCGUACUGGCUCUGUCGUGCGCCUGCUUCACCACGGAGGCCAAGGUCUACCGCGACGGCACACUCCAGUGGACCCUCAUCACCCAGGCCCUUCAAAAGUCUGGAAAAUACAGCACUUACCUUUCCAUCGUGAAAAAAGCAGGUAUGCAGAAGUGGAUCACUGACUACCUCUCGUCGUCGACAACCGGUUAUACCUGCCUCGUUCCGCCCAACGCCGCGUUCAGAACCGCCAAGCCCGCCUCCCUGAAACCAUAUGCCAGGACCCCAGCCACCCUCCAGGAUCUGGUCAAGUUCGGCAUGCUCAACUUCCAGGCCACUCCCCAGCGCUUCGCAAAGGACGCAGUCGGCCAGGGCUACGUCACUUUCAGCGGGGCCGGCAGGCAGAUCCAGAAGUACAAGUCUGCGAAGCCCGGCGCCGUGACGAUUGGCCCUCAGUUCGCCCAGCAGGGUUACGAGCUGGCGAAUGUUACCAAGAUCCUGUACAAGGACCCCACGGCCAUCUGCUACGAGAUCGACAAUGUUCUCAUUCCGGUCAAGUAG